AUGACGAACAGUAAAAAGGUGCAGCAAGAAAUCGAUCGCCUGCUGCGGCGCACGCAGGAUGGCAUCGAGAGCUACGAGGUGCAAUACAACAAGUUCCUCAAGGCUGACACACCGCAGUCAAAGGCACGACUUGAGGGCGAUCUCAAGAGGGAGAUCAAAAAACUGCAGCGCUUCCGCGACUCAAUCAAGGCGAUGAUCAUCACCCCGGAGGUGAAGGACAAGAAGGCGCUGGAGUUGCACCAAAAAAGCAUUGAGGAAAAAAUGGAGGUUUUUAAGUCGUGUGAGCGGGAGACGAAGACAAAGGCGUACAGCAAGGAGGCACUGUUGGCCGCCUCCCCGCACAAAACCCCGCAGGCACACACCGAGGCGUGGCUGAAGGCUGCCAUGGAGGACGCACGCAAGCAGAUUGAGAUUAUCGAGUAUGACGUGGAACGCAAUACGCGUGGGAACCAUGGGCGCGGCAAGGGGGCGGGGCCCGCCGAGGCUAGUGCGGCUGCAGAAGCUUCAGUUUCAUCUAGGAAAGCUUGA